UAGAGGGUGUGGGCGUGGCUCCCAGGGCGCUGAGUGCCUAUAGCGUGGAGGGGUGGGGCCCGAAGGGCGGUGCUGGCUAAUCGGCGCAUUUACGUCAAUGCCCUGUGGCGCGGAGCGAUGACUAGUGGCACGGGAGUGGGGCUGAGCGGCACUCCGAGCUGGAAGAAGCCGGGCUCUGAGAGACCAUGCUUCGCAAAGUGCUGCGAAUUGGCUUGGGCUCGGGCCUCUCAAACCGUGGCCUACGCACACGCAGAGGAGGCUUUACUCUGGACUGGGAUGCAAAGAUGUCUGAGUUUAAGAAGAAGAUUGAGUGCAUCCUGCCUGGAAAGCAAUGGGAAGAGCUGUACGACACGAGCCACCUGCCCCCGAAACAGUCGGAUGUGGUCAUCGUCGGAGGUGGGAUCCUUGGUCUGUCCGUGGCCUUUUGGCUGAAGAAGCUGGAAAGUAGACGAGGUGCCAUUCGGGUGCUGGUGGUGGAACAAGACCACACGUAUUCACGGGCUUCCUCCACAGGGCCUUCUGUGGGUGGAAUUUGGCAGCAGUUUUCUGUUCCUGAGAAUGUCCAACUCUCCCUCUUUUCAGUCGACUUUCUACGGAACAUAAAUGAACACCUGGCUGUAGUGGAUGCCCCUCUUGUAGACCUCCGGUAUAACCCCUCAGGCUGUCUCUUGCUAGCUUCAGAAAAGGAUGCUGCCACCUUGGAAAACAACGUAAAAAUGCAAAGGCAGGAAGGAGCCAAAGUCUGCCUGAUAUCUCCCGAGCAGCUACAAAACAAGUUUCCCUGGAUAAACACAGAAGGAGUGGCUCUGGCCUCUUAUGGGAUGGAGGAUGAAGGUUGGUUUGAUGCUUGGUCUUUGCUCCAGGGUCUUCGUCGAAAGGUCCAAUCAAUGGGAGUCUUACUCUACCAGGGAGAGGUGACACGAUUCAUCACUUCAUCUGGCCAAAUGCAGACCCCAAGUGGGGAACAGGUAGUCUUGAGAAGGAUCAACGAAGUCCAUGUAAAAAUGGACAAGAGUCUGGAGUAUCAGCCAGUAGAGUGUGCUGCAGUGAUCAAUGCUGCAGGACCCUGGUCUGGGCAGGUUGCAGAGCUGGCUGGUAUUGGGAAGGGACUGCCUGGCACCCUUCAGGGCACCAAGCUACCUGUGGAGCCAAGGAAAAGGUAUGUGCACUUAUGGCACUGUCCCCAGGGACCAGGUCUGGAGACACCAUUGGUUGCAGACAUCAGUGGAGUCUAUUUUCGGCGAGAAGGAUUGGGCAGCAACUACCUAGGAGGCUACAGCCCCACUGAGGAGGAAGAACCAGACCCAACAAAUCUGGAAGUGGACCAUGAUUUCUUCCAGAACAAAGUGUGGCCCCAUUUGGCCCAGAGGGUGCCAUCUUUUAAGACUCUGAAGGUGCAGAGAUCCUGGGCUGGCUAUUACGACUAUAACACUUUUGACCAGAAUGGCGUGGUGGGCCCGCAUCCACUAGUUGUCAACAUGUACUUUGCUACGGGCUUCAGUGGUCAUGGACUUCAGCAUGCACCUGGCAUCGGCCGAGCAGUGGCAGAAAUGGUACUAGAUGGCCAGUUCAAUACCAUCGACAUGAGCCCCUUCCUCUUCACCCGCUUUUACUUAGGAGAGAAGUUACAGGCGUACAAUAUCCUCUGAGCAUGGAAACUCUUCUCUGGGCCUCGCCAGCCCAGGUGUGGUCCUUGCCUCACAUUGGCUGUGAUCACUGCCUGAGUCUCCCCAGGACCAUGUCAUGGCUGCAUCCCUUUCUCACCAUCCUCCUAGCUGGACCACUCUUCCCUGUGUCUCUGGACAUGGUAUGAGCAUAGGCACAGAGACCCAGGCCAAUGGAAAGUGGUGGAGUGGGACUCCAGACUGAUUGUAGCCCAGGCUGAUGCCAUCAUCCAAAAAAAUUGGGCUGGUAUCCUGGGUAUGGGGCCCAGGACUGGCCUCCUUCCUGGCAGAGGAAAUGGGUCUCUGACCCCCUGACCAGAGCCCAGGUACACAGCAUUCUAGGAUCACCUGGCCCAAAUGUAUGGACUCGUCUGUUAUUUAAUCAAUAUAUGUGGUUAACCCCUUC